UAAAGAUUCGCAGCAUCAUACUAGCUUGCAGAUAGUCAAGAACGGUCAUCCUCUCAAGUAAACAUGAUUCGUAUUAUUAUUGUUUUGAUAUUGAUUACUUUUACUACUGCUUAUCCUCAUGAGUCAAUUUCCAAUCAACACCAAAAUGAAAAAAAAAUGGCUGAAGUUAUUAUGAAUGAUAGUUUUGAUAAAAAUCUACCUUCAAUAAGGGAAUUUAUUUUAUCAAAUGGAAUGGAUCCAAUGGCUAUGCCUGAUUAUACUUUUCCAAUCACAUUUCCGUUUGGCGUUGGAAAAGUUCAUUUACAAAAGGGCUGGGUUCAAGACAUGGUCACAAUAAGACGCACAGGAGAUGUAAUUCUCCGAUAUAAUAUAUUUACGAUGAAGUUUGAUUUCGAUCUUGGAUGGGAAAAUGUGGAUGUGGCCUAUGAUUACACAAUAAGAUUUUUAGGGUAUUUACGAAAGGGUUUGUUUCAUGGACGUUUUCAUAAUCUAAAAGUUAAGAUUGUUGGUUCGAUGGAUCUUAAAACGCAUCAAUUAAAACUCGACUUACUCAAAUUCAUGGAUGUAGAAGAUUUCACAUUGAAAUUAGAAGGACAUCUAACAGAUCAUCUAAUAAAUGUAAUGUCUCGAAUACUAACAGCAUUUGCCAAAGAAAGAGUUUUACGAGAGGUGGAAUAUCAGUCAACAAAAAUUAUUACUGAAAAGAUAAGAGAAAUAAACGAAUCAAAACUUAACAGCAUAUUUGAAAAUAAUUUUACUUCAGAUGUAAGAGAAGUAGUCAAAAAUAAUCUCUAAAUAAUUAAA